AUGCCGGGAUUCGUAGUCCCUCAACUCCUGGCCUUAAUACGUAACGUUGUAGGACAGCUGCCUACGUUGCACGUCGGGACUCGUAGUCCCCUAACGCCAGAACCAGUAACGCUGUAUGAGAGUGGCUACAUUGCAUACCGGGGAUUCGUAGUUAAGCGUCGGCCCACGCCGCCGUUGCGCACGUAUGCACGCACGCCUCCUCCGCGCCCCGUGACAUCAGCGCGUUCUCCAGGAAGUCGCGCGGCGCACCGGUCGGUGGGAAGCCGGUUCCCAGAGCGGGAAUUGCAGAGCAGCCGCCUCGUCUCCUCUGCUGCCGCUGCCGCCGCCGCUGCCGCCGCCCGGGAGCGUCCAAGUCCGCCGUCGCGCUGCGAUGGGCGCCGGGCCGUGGCCGUGAGCACGGACGCGGGUCUCCGCCACUCUCCGGGCAUCUUCCAUUUCCAGCUGGGCCGGGGUGAACCAAUGCUGCACACACGCCUGCGUCCUCACUGCAAGGAAUUCCUGGAGAAGGUGGCCCGGCUUUACGAGCUGCACGUCUUCACCUUCGGCAGUCGGCUGUACGCACACACGAUCGCAGGCUUUCUAGACCCUGAAAAGAAGCUUUUCUCUCAUCGAAUCUUAUCACGGGAUGAAUGCAUUGAUCCCUUUUCUAAAACGGGGAACCUCAGAAAUCUCUUUCCUUGUGGAGACUCAAUGGUUUGUAUUAUUGACGACCGAGAAGACGUGUGGAAGUUUGCCCCCAAUCUGAUAACCGUGAAGAAGUAUGUCUACUUCCAGGGCACGGGCGACAUCAAUGCUCCACCUGUACCCCGCGACACUCAGAUGAGGAAGAAGGUAAAUCAUUCUUCUCGAGGUGCUGAGGCCUCUGAGCACGUGCUGUCUAGGAAAGAUCAUGAAGAAGGGAAGCCUGCUCCCGGGGCAGAGCAGAGCAACGGCCUCGGAAAACCUCCGACGGAGCUGAAUGGCAGCAAGGCGGGGGCAGGGGACCCCCCCAGUGGGGAGGAGGGUGACCCCUCGUGCCCGCCCCCCGGUGGAAAAGGACCCUUGGUGUCUUCGGAACCGGGGGGCCGAGUGUUCCCAGAACAACCAUCUGCCCACGGCGCGCCAGGGAACGACCUGGACUUUGAUUUGUCUAGUGACAGCGAGAGCAACAGUGAGCUCGAUGGCCACCGGUCAUCCUCGUCCACCUCCGACAGUGACAGUGACCGGAAGAGAGGGCGCAGGAAGGCUCAGGCCACGCGGGAGGGUGUGACCACCCACUCAGGAGCAGGGACACCUCCCUCUGGCACAUGCGGGACCAGUGUCCGCCCACAGGACAAAGGCCCUGACCUUGAGGCGCCAGAGGAGGGCGAGCAGGGUGACCUGUGUGACCUGGGCAAUGGCUGUGCUGACCGGAAGGAGGCUGAGACUGAAUCCCAGAACAGUGAGCAGUCGGGGAUCACUGUGGGUGAGUCCCUGGACCAGAGCAUGGAGGAGGAGGAAGAGGAGGAGGACACUGAUGACGAUGACGAUGACCACCUGGUCCACCUCGAGGAGAUCCUUGUCCGGGUUCACACUGACUACUACACCAGGUACGACAGGUACCUCAGCAAGGAGACUGAGGAGGCCCCGGACAUACGGAAGAUUGUCCCAGAGCUGAAGAGCAAAGUGCUGGCUGACGUUGGCAUCAUCUUCAGUGGCCUGCACCCCACCAACUUCCCCGUGGAGAAGACCCGGGAACAUUACCACGCCACAGCCCUGGGCGCCAGGAUCCUCACCAACCUGGUUUUGAGUCCCGACGACCCCAACAGGGCCACCCACUUGAUUGCUGCGAGGGCCGGCACGGAGAAGGUGCGCCAGGCCCAGGAGUGCAGGUACCUGCAUGUGGUCAACCCCGGCUGGCUCUGGAGCUGCCUGGAGCGCUGGGACAAGGUGGAAGAGCAGCUCUUUCCUCUCAGGGAUGACUACACCAGGACACAGAGGGAGGCCAGCCCUGCUCCCUUCGCUGACAGGCAGAGCACCUUCCAGACGGCUUUGUUUCACCCCACACCCGUCCACCCCCGGAGUCAGCCUGGCCCCGAGGCUCGAGUCUACGACGCCAACACCGGGAAGCUCAUCAGGAAGGGCACGCCCCGCACACCUCUAGCACCGUACACGCAGGUGCCCGCACCACCCACCUCGCUGCCAGCCCACGGGGAGCACUCCUUCAGAGUUGUUCAGCCACCUCAGCAACAGAUGUUUGGUGAAGAGUUGCCUGCUAAUCCAGAUGAAGAGCGGCCUGGCCCUUCUAGAAGAAAACGGCAGCCCAGUAUGUCAGAGACAAUGCCACUGUAUACUCUUUGUAAGGAGGAUUUAGAGAGUAUGGACAAAGAGACAGAGGCUGCACCCACAGCUCCAGAGCCUCGCUCUCCUGGACCCAGUCCCUUUGGCUGCCGGCUGGGGAACGGUCCUCAGCUCCCUUGGGUCUUGGGCCAGUUCUGUCGACGCUGCCGUGCUAAGGCUCCAGGGGCUCCGGACACAGGACUCCGUAGAGAGGGUCCGAACAUUGGGCAGUAUAUGGACAAGAGCAAUCCUGUGGUGGGAUCUCAGAGGGAGCUGUUUACAGGGCUACCUGGUCCACCCACAUGGACACUGGACCUGCUGUCCUCCGAGAUAUGCGAUACUUAUGGUAGCCAUGGUAGUCCUUCACGCCUUUCUGUACAGCUGGAAGAGACAUGGGAAUCCUUCACACCCUCAGCUGUAUCGAGUCCUGCACAGAUAGGGGGUGUACUCAGUGUCCAAGUUAACGUAGAAACCCAUGGAGCCCUCACACAGAUGUUGGAGGGCAGAGCAUUUCGGCAUGAGAAGCUUGAACUCUCUGAUGAGCGAUGUGGAGUGCAGUACAAUCCCACACCUCAUGUGGACACGUCCACCACGGGGGACAAGCUCUGUACCAGCGCCCAGUAUCGGCACCAGGUGCCCUACAGGCUCCGACUAGGAUUCUUGUUACUGAGACGCCUGGGCUCUGAUGUGUUCUUUCCAUGUGUUCGGGGCCACAAGAGGAAGCUGAACGAAGAGGAUGCGGCCAGUGAUUCCAGCAAGGAGUCCAGCAACGAGGAGGGCAGCAGCUCGGAGGCCGAUGAGAUGGCUGCGGCCCUAGAGGCUGAGCUGAGCGACUUCAUGUGA